UUAAGCUUCUGACCCGCAAUUUUCUUUCUCACUGUCUCUUUGUCUUCUAAUUUGUUUUUCUUGUUACCCCUAAGAAAACAGGUAACACGAUGGCCUUCAACAAAAGCAUGGUUAUCUUGGCAAUUCUCUGUUUCAUCCUUGUACAAGAGUUGGAGAUCUAUUGUGGAAAUCAGCACAUGGUUGCUGCCGAACGGAUAGACUGUGCUGGCAAAUGCAACUACAGGUGCAGCAAGUCGUCAAGGCACAAUAUGUGCAUAAGGGCAUGCACUGGUUGCUGUAAGAAGUGCAAUUGCGUGCCACCAGGCACAUCAGGGAACAAAGAUAAGUGCCCUUGCUAUGCAUCCCUCACCACUCAUGGAGGAAAGCUCAAGUGCCCUUGAGAGUUAUAUUUAUAUAUAUACAUAUCAGAAAUUCCAACAGACAUAUAUAUAUAUAAAUAAUGCAGAAUAUGUGAUAAUAUGGUUUGAUCAAAAUAAGGCACUUAGGGAAGCAAAUAGCUAGCAGUGAAGGGGCUUGUUGGAUAAUUAUAAGGAAAAUGAAUGAUUUGAUUUGGUUUAAUUUUGUAAUGCUUCAAUAUUUGUUUGGUACAAGGGAAGAGCAUGUGUGAGCUUUGCACUUAUUAAUGUUGGUGUUGGUCCAAGUUGCAGUGUUCUUUGCAU